AUGGACUACGAGACGAGGCUCGCCGCGGCGGCGAAGUUAGUCUACGCCGCCGAUUCAUCUAAUGUAGAAGAGACACCAGUCGACCCCGCCGAGAUUGGCGUCACGGCGAUCCUAAAACCUCACCAGUUGGAGGGACUCUCAUGGCUUAUAAGGAGAUACAAGAUCGGUGUCAAUGUUAUCCUCGGAGAUGAGGUAUGGAUUCAUUACAUGCAACUCUCGAAACUCAUCCCAAUCUAGAAGUGAAAUCUAUACUUUAUACCCCUCAUUCC